CACCCAGUGCUGCAACAAAACAUCCCUCUUCUUCCACAAUAAACACCCCAACGUACGACUCACCAAUUCACAACCAAAAAUUGCAGCGCCACUGACGUUUCCCACGGCUGCACACAGCCACGCUCCUCACUUCGCAGCCGUCACCGGAGAAACAGUACCCACCGCCCCCCCGGAGAAAUAGCACGCACCGCCCCACCGGAGCAGCACCACGCGCCGUUUAGCUCGUCACCAGCGUUUCCCCGGAACAGCACUGCAACACCGCACCAGUCAACCAGCGGUUUUUAUAUUUUGGGAUCCUAUUAGAUUACCAACCCAUUGCUUUUGAUUUAGGAAGCUAGGGUUUUGAUGGAUACGCUAGCGGUUUGAGAACACACAGCCGAAUUACAUUUCGGACUAAAGUUUGAGGUCUCCGAGCCCAAUCCAUCAACCAGGCCUGAAUCCAACACGCUCUGCCUCCUUGCUUUGCAAAUCAUCGACUGAGCGAGUUUGGGGCUUGUUUGAAGAAUGGGAGAGAGAAAGGUGCUGAACAAGUACUACCCGCCGGACUUCGACCCCGCGAAGUUGCCGAGGGUUCGGAGGCCCAAGAACCAGCAGAUCAAGGUCCGCAUGAUGCUUCCCAUGAGCAUUCGCUGCAACACCUGCGGCAAUUACAUCUACAAGGGCACCAAGUUCAAUUCCCGCAAAGAGGACGUUAUCGGCGAGACAUAUUUAGGAAUUCAACUAUUCCGAUUCUAUUUCAAAUGUACAAAGUGCUCUGCUGAGCUCACGAUGAAGACAGACCCUCAAAAUUCCGACUAUAUCGUUGAGUCUGGUGCAACACGAAAUUUUGAACCUUGGCGUGCAGAGGAUGAGGUAGCAGACUCGGAGAAACAGAAAAGGGAUGCUGAAGAGAUGGGAGAUGCGAUGAAAUCUUUGGAGAACAGAACCUUGGAUUCUAAAAGAGAGAUGGAUAUACUGGCUGCACUGGAUGAGAUGAAGUCAAUGAAGUCCAGACAUGCAACUGUGAGUGUAGAUGCCAUGCUUGAGGCCUUGCAGCGUACAGCUGUGCACAAGGAGAAAAAGUUGGAAGAAGAAGAUGAAGCACUUAUAAAAUCAAUAUUUAAUAAUUCAAAAGAUUAUGUUCGAAGAAUUCAAGAUGAAGAUCUUGAUGAUGAUGGAGAUAUGAUUCAGCUUUCAAGUGGCAAUGGUGAAACAUCUUGUGAUCAACCAAAGAAUUCAAAUGAUUAUGUUCGAAGAAUUCAAGAUGAAGAUCUUGAUGAUGUUGGAGAUAUGAUUCAGUUUUCAAGUGGCAACGUUGAAACAUCUUGUGAGCGACCAAAGAGGAGAAAGGUCUCUGAAGAGCUUCCUGGUAACCCAACAGAUUCUUUGGCAAGAGCCACUUUGGCUGACUGUUCCACCAACAAAGAAAAUCUAGGUGGUUCAGGGGCCUCUGGUGAUGCUAAGUUUGUAAUAAACUCUAAAACCAUUAGGAUUUCAGUUGUUAAGAGACCAGCUUCUGAAGAUAGCAGUUCAGCUAAACUGGAGAAGAAAGAAGGGGCUGGAACCAAUAAUACUAGUACAGUACCAGUUCCAGAAGAUGACAGUCAAAAGCAUAAAACUAAUGAUACAAGCACUGGACUAGACUCACUCUUACAAAACUAUGAGAGUGAUGAUGAUUAGGGUGUGAUUUUUUCUUUUUUGAUGAGAUGUAAUAGGAAGGAGAAAGGGGUGAAGGCAGCUACGAUUAGUGGGUGAUUGUAAGGUGCAUUGUAUAACAAAUACAUUCUUCCCCAAGAUUGGUAAAAAGUUUAUUUAUGGUAAGAAUAAUGUUGUAUUCCACAACUAUCUUACAAUGUUGAUGUGGACAAUAUCAACCAAUCUUUGGAUGAGUUGUAAGUUUUAACUUAUGAGGGAAAAGUUCCCAGCAUGUUUGUUACCAGUAAGCUAAAUUGAUGCCUUAUUCUAGCCGGGCUGUACAAGUUAAUGCUUAUUUCUGCUAUUGAAAAGUUUGCCAUCUUCAAUACUA